GCUAAUGUCCGGUGCUGACAGCGCUGCUGGGGGGCGGGGUCGUAGAGUGUUCCGGUUAUCCGCUCUAUGCCGUGAUCCGCUGUGUGUCCCACGUCCCCCCUCCGGCCGGAAGUUUUCUUAUUACCCCCCUCCGGACCUCCAUGGUUCUCUCCGGCCGCGAUGAGCCGCCCGUCCUCCGCUGGACCCUGCGCUAACAAACCUGCCGGGAAACAGAAGCCGCCUCCCCCACCGCCGCACACCCCGUCCCCUGCGGUCCCCAGUACGAUCCCUGCCGCCUCCGGCCCCGCCGCGCCCCCUCCAUCGGCUGCGGCGGCGGCGAUCCCCGGGCCGGUGUCACAACACAGCGAGCUGACGUCUCUGUUCGAGUGUCCCGUGUGCUUCGACUAUGUGCUGCCCCCCAUCCUACAGUGCCAGGCCGGGCACCUGGUCUGCAACCAAUGCCGACAGAAGCUGAGCUGCUGCCCUUCGUGCCGGGCAUCCCUCACCCCCAGCAUCAGGAACCUGGCCAUGGAGAAGGUGGCAUCCGCUGUCCUCUUCCCGUGUAAGUAUGCCUCUACUGGGUGCUCUUUGUCUCUCCAUCACACUGAAAAACCUGAACAUGAGGACAUCUGUGAAUAUCGUCCCUACUCCUGUCCCUGCCCUGGAGCCUCCUGCAAAUGGCAGGGUUCACUGGAAGCAGUCAUGCCACACCUAACACAUGCCCACAAAAGCAUCACUACUCUCCAGGGUGAAGACAUAGUCUUCCUUGCAACAGACAUUAACUUACCUGGAGCUGUUGACUGGGUGAUGAUGCAGUUCUGCUUCAGCCACCAUUUCAUGUUGGUGCUGGAAAAACAGGAGAAAUACGAAGGUCACCAACAGUUUUUUGCCAUUGUACUCUUGAUCGGCACGCGGAAACAAGCUGAAAACUUUGCCUACAGACUUGAACUCAAUGGAAACCGAAGGCGGUUGACCUGGGAGGCCACACCAAGGUCCAUUCACGAUGGGGUGGCAGCAGCCAUCAUGAACAGUGAUUGCUUGGUUUUUGAUACUGCAAUUGCACAUCUGUUUGCCGAUAAUGGGAACUUGGGCAUCAAUGUGACCAUAUCUACUUGUUGUCCGUGAUCCUUGGAUGUUUUUUGUUGGGAAAACCUAUUUCAGUGGCCACGUCGGUGCUGUCUGCAUUUUAUUUUUUUACAGUGGACUUACUUUUUUUUCAACAAGCAUCUUAUAGAAGCAUUGCCAACAUUUUCUAGACUUUUUGUAGUUGUAAAUAAUGAGGCUGUGAAUUGUUAACCUGAAGAGCGUCAUAAGAACUAUGUUUUACUUAAAUUAUUUUCUGAAGAAAAAAAAAAAAUGGAUGUACUCUUUGAUUGUGAAUAACAGAGGACUUUAUCAUGAAACUACGGUACAGCAGGUGAAAGUGUAGCAUUGUUGUAUGAUGCAGACAUGUACGUUUCUGUAGGUGUGUAAAGGAAGCUGGAUCACAGUCGGCAGAAUAUGCUGGGUUAUAUUUUUAUGAACCAUUUAUUGACCAAGCUUUUAUCUGAAUGUGCACUUAUCUUUUAUUUAUAGGUUAGUUUACCUUUACCUGGGCUUUUGUAUGAAAACUGAAGGAAAGGGUUGUCCACAGAAACCAAUAGAAGGGUUGCUUGCAUAUUCCCGAUAUUUAU